GACGAUAUAAAAAGGGGCCGCUAGCGAGCAGGUGACUGGCGCUUCCUUCCUUUGAUUCUUCUUUCCUCCCCUGCCCUGUAUCAUGAUCAUCAAUUAGCUCCAGUGUUGCUUGCCCCUCACCAGAACAUACAAAACAGGCGCUGCCCCCCCAACUCCCCCAAACAUCGACAGAUCGUCAUCUCCAACCACCAUCGCAUAGCUGCCGUACCACAAUUGCUGCCCGCCAUGCAAACCAAAAUCCGCGCUGCGACGCCCGAGGACCUGCCCGCCGUGGUCAAGGUGAUCCUCGCUGCUAUCAACAAGGAGCGCCUGUGGACCAACUUUGUGCCCUCCAAGACGGGCCAGGACGAGAGCUACGUCAAGGAGAUUGAGGCGCUGCUCAAGGAGCACCUGGACCCCUCCAAUAAGGACUGGGUCAUCGAGGUCAUUGACCUCGCCAAGAAGUCGCAGCCCUCGCAGAUCGUCUCGGUCGCCGUCUGGGACAUGUCCGCCGCCGAGGACGACGACCGCAAGAAGCGCGACGUCAAGACUGACAUUACCGACGACCGUCUGUCCGCCUACACCGCCGUCGUCUCCAAGGCGCGCAACGAGUUCUUCAACCGCUAUCCCCAGCACUCGUACCUGCAGCUCCUGGCCACGCACCCCGAUCACCAGAACCACGGUUACGCUAAGGAUCUCGUGCACUCCCACAUGGUCAAGGCCAAGCAGAAGGGCGGCGUCCUCACCACUCUCGGCGGCCCCUUUGGCUACAUCUUCUUCUCCGGACUGGGCUUCCAUGACCUCGGUCCCGUCUCCCUGCCGCCUGGCUCGGCCAGUGACUCGCACAUCAUCAAGGCCAUGUCGCUCACCGUGCCCAAGGAGGAGAGGAGGCAGUCCAUUGUCGACUCAGUGCUCAACUACAUUUCUAGCUAGAAUGCUUGCAGCACACAGUCACCAUUCGCAUUUGCUUCUUCAUCGUCAUGAGUCUACGGCCUUUUGAGCGGCUUGUCCAUAGCAUCGACGGGAUCAGGGUAGUAAUACAGUAAAUCCCCAUUCACAAGCCAGCAUUUCGGCUCCAGCGUCGAGCGCGACGCAUGACGUAGUGAGGGGUUCUCUGCAAAAGGCGGGGGAUCAGCCGCCUGGCAAGAAUCAUGAAGGCCAAGCGCCAAGAGCACAG